UGAGAAUGUUAAAGCAGGAUGUCCCAGCAUUUUGGGGUUGGACGUCUUGUGUUCGUGGGAAUUCGAAUGAAUCCAUGUGACGUAGGAUGUGGUGUCUUUGCAGAUGCCUGCUCGGUGCCGGUCUCUGAGAUCAUCACUGUUGAAGAGAAGGACAUUCACGGGAAGCACUCCACCAGCGGAAAAUGGCAGAAAAUGGAGAGGCUUUUCGCUUUCACGGUGCACUAUGUGAAGAGAGCCCGACGGCACCGCUGGAAGUGGGCGAAGGUGACCUUCUGGUGUGCCGACGAGCAGCUGUGUCACCUGUGGCUGCAGACGCUCCGGGACCUGCUGGAGAGGCUGACAUUGAGACCAAAGCAUUUACUGGUGUUCAUCAACCCCUUUGGAGGGAAAGGACAGGGCAAGCGGAUAUACGAAAGGAAAGUGGCACCGUUGUUCGCAUUAGCCUCCAUCACCACCGACGUAAUUGUUACUGAGCGUGCGAACCAUGCCAAGGAGAGUUUAUAUGAGAUCAAUCUAGAUAAAUACGACGGAGUCAUCUGUGUCGGUGGGGAUGGCAUGUUCAGCGAGAUCCUGCAUGGCCUGAUUGGCAGAACGCAGAGGAAUGCCGGCGUGGACCAGAACCAGCCCCGGGCAGCGCUGGUGCCCAGCCCGCUCAGAAUUGGCAUCAUCCCCGCAGGGUCAACAGAUUGUGUGUGUUAUUCGACGGUCGGCACGAACGAUGUGGAAACGUCAGCCUUGCACAUCAUCGUGGGGGACUCGCUGUCCAUGGACGUGUCCUCCGUGCACCACAACAGCACGCUGCUGCGCUACUUCGUGUCGCUGCUGGGCUACGGCUUCUACGGGGACAUCAUCAAGGACAGCGAGAAGAAGCGGUGGAUGGGCCUCGCCAGAUACGACUUCUCAGGGUUGAAGACCUUCUUCUCACAUCACUGCUAUGAAGGGACCGUGUCUUUCCUCCCGGCCCGGCACACCGUGGGGUCUCCACGCGACAGGAAGCCCUGCCGCGCAGGAUGCUCCGUCUGUAGGCAGAGCAAGCAGCGGCUGGAAGAAGAGCAGAAGAGGCCCUUAUGUGGUCUAGAGAGCACGGAGGAGGUGGAGGAGUGGAAAGUCAUCUGCGGGAAGUUCCUGGCCAUCAACGCUGCAAACAUGUCCUGUGCUUGUCACCGGAGCCCCAGGGGCCUCUCCCCGGCUGCCCACUUGGGAGACGGGUCUUCUGACCUCAUCCUCAUCCGGAAAUGCUCCAGGUUCAACUUUCUGAGAUUUCUCCUCAGGCACACCAACCAUUACGACCAGUUUGACUUCACUUUUGUUGAAGUUUAUCGAGUCAAGAGAUUCCAGUUUACGUCGAGGCACGCAGAGGACGAGGACCGCGAGCUCAGGGAGAGGGGCAAGACGAGGUUUGGGCAGAUCUGCAGCGACCACCCCCUGUGCUGCUGCACCGUGUCCAGCAGCUCCUGGAACUGUGAUGGGGAGAUUCUGAGCAGCUCUGCCAUCGAGGUCAGGGUUCACUGCCAGCUGGUUCAGCUCUUUGCACGAGGAAUUGAAGAGAAUCCUCAGCAAGAAUCACACAGCUGAGACGCCGUCACCCACCGCCCGCCUUCUUGCCGUGCUUGAGAAGUGUGACAAUUAUUUAAGAAGAUUACUGCAGACCAAUUAUGUUGAUAUAUACAUUUAAAUUUAGAAAUUUACUUUUGAUAGUUAAAUCUUGAUUUCAGAAGAAAUACCUUUUGUCACCAAUUUUGUGAACAUACUUGGCAUUUUCAGUUCUAUGUGAAUCUUUGGGUUGCGUUUCACGUGACUUAUUCUCAGCAAAUGGCACUUGUUGAUUUGGGCUGCUGGCUUCUUAGAGUGUAAUGAUGCUGACAGCGCAGAUUAAAGCGACCCCUUAGUGGCUCUAGUGCAGUAAUUUUAGAGACAACAGAAGUGCUUUCCAUCGAGGUCACGCCAUCUGGACAU